AUGGUCGACGUAACUGUAACUUCGCAGUUGAAGCAGUGGACAUUCGACAAGCCCCAAGUCGUCGCACGCCCCCAACGAUCCAGUACUGACAGUGCCGCGUCGAGCCCUAACCUGUGCGACGAUGCUCCCGAGACCCUACGCAUAGACUCCGCUACCACGCAACCAUCGAGCCCACCCACCACCAAGAAGGAGAGCGCCGUCUUCCAGGAGCGAUACCUAUCAAGCGAAGAAGACCUGACUGCCGACGACGGCUCGGGUUCUGAGUCUGAAUACGACUACGAUGAUGUUGUUGUCCAUGACCUCUCACACGAGUGCAAGGCGAGGACCAUGUCCGUGUCAAGAUGGGACAAAGGAAAGAGUUGCGACAUGGCCGUGCUAGUCUCCUACGCCCAUGCGGGCCGUCCCAAGGUUGUUGAGAACCAGCGCUCACCCGUCGAUCGCCCAGCGGUCCAGCAACGCUCGGCUUCUGUCGCGAACCUGCUCCCAGUCACAUCAGCUAGUAAACUACGAAAGGCAGACGAGGCACAGCGACUGUCCAUGAAGGUGCUGCCUACAAGUCAUCUCGCCUCCUCUCUUUCGCGCUCCUCCACAUCGCCCGUCGCCGACCCCGAGCCUCGACGACCGUCUACCAGCCACAGCCCCAUCACCCAGAAGACUACCACAUAUUCCGACUCCGCUUCCUUCACAUCAUCGUUCCAGACUGCAUCCACUCGCAGCUACUCACCCGCACCGAGCCAUGCUCAGAGCGAGGUACCUCGUCGACCCUCCACCUCCACCGCUGGAGAACCACAUUCGGCUCGUUCGUCCGUAUACGUGCCCGCAAAAUCCCGUCUUGACCUGGCACGGAUACAAACAUCGCAGUCAUCUUAUCAAUCAUCGUCGUCGUACAGGCAAUCACAAUUCAUGCCAUUGACUCCCAACUCACCAGCACUCUCCUUUCUCAGUUCCGACCCAUACGAGAACUCGAAUAAAAGCGCAGCAUCGCCCAUCAUCAAGAAGCCUGCUGCGCACCGACGGUUACGAUCGAUAUCAAUGAAGCUUUCUCUGGCCAAGAUUGCCAUCUCACCAGCGAAAAAGCCAUACGACUCUCGCAUCAACGGCAAGGCUCCCCCCACACCAAUCACACCAGCGCCCAUGACGCCUCAGACUGCACCCAUCGAGGGUUCAGCCAGCUUCUCCAGCCCAAACAAGCUCCGUCGUGCGUCAACUAUCCUCCGACCAAAGUCUCGGGGAAGCGAUUCCAAGAGGGCGCCAACACCAGAAAUGGCUCCUCCUGUCCCUCAGCUCAACACCAGCACCAUGCAGCAAAAGCGCGCAACCACCAUGGGCAGGAUGACAGCCCGCGGCGCCAACGAGCGUGAGCCUACUCUCGUGAUUCCAGAGUUCCCAACAAACGACAACGACGACCCCAUGUCCAGCAUCAAGAGCCGCGCAAUCCGCCGACGAAAGUCACUAAUGGAUUUCAUGGAUUCGCUGUAA